AGGGCUGAGUUUGGGAGAAGCUGCACAGACAGAACUCUAUAAAGUUGGAAUCUCCUGAUUUUUCAGAAGAUGCUGGACUGGAGAUUGCCAUGUGUGCAUUUCACCCUGGCUGUGAUGUUGAUGCUGUGGGGCUCAGGAAAAGUGCUCUCAAUGGACGUAGCAACAGAGGCCCUUGAUCCUGGAGUCACAGAUGUGCAGUCACCACCCACAAUCAGGGAAGAGAAAUCUGCCACUGAACUGGCAGCAAAACUCUUGCUUCUUGAUGAACUGGUGUCCCUGGAGAAUGAUGUAAUUGAGACAAAGAAGAAAAGGAGCUUCUCUGGUUUUGGGUCUCCCCUUGACAGACUCUCAGCUGGUUCUGGAGAUCAUAGAGGCAAACAGAGAAAAGUAGUAGAUCAUCCAAAAAGGAGAUUUGGUAUUCCCAUGGAUCGGAUUGGUAGAAACCGACUUUCAAAUUCCAGAGGCUAAUUGACUCCAAAUUAUGUGACUUCUUGGAUGAAAUGUCACAGAGAUAUGGAAGAUGCGUUAAUGAAAUUCUUCACACUCCUGAAGCAUUAAAGAAUUGACAUUCUGCAAAUCUUGAACUUCACAUCACAGUAUUGUUACAUCUUCAAUUAAAUUGAGAGAUCAUUUUAAUGCUUUUAUAUUUUUUAAAAAUAUAUUUUGAUUAUUUAGGGAAAGUUACCUUCACCUCAAAACUUACUUUUUACAGUAACAAUAAAAACCACAACCCAGUGAAAUGCUUCCUUAUAUGCCUUUUCCAGUCACAUUUUUGCAAUAAAAGUAAAUACUGAAAGAUGGAUUAGUUUCUAUAAUAUUUAUAUACACCCUGUUUGUUUUUUGUAGGGAAAUAAGAAAAUGCAACAGUAUAUUCUUUUAUACUUUUACUUCUCUCUUUUCCUUUUCCUACGAGUCUAUUGAGUAAUAGUUAUAAAAUUAUGUGCCUUUUACCAUAUUCAAGUUUCAGCCAAAGUCAACCAAAUAAA